GUAAGACUCCCAGAAUGCAGUUCGGAUGAUAAUAAUGGCUGCUUCCAUGGAACAUUGUAUUUUGGUUUGCUAACCAGUGGUUUCACUUUGCUUGGAGUGUUGUUUGUAGAAUUCACUAGUAUUACAUUAUUGGAUUAAGCAGCGUUCUCACCGGGAAUGGUUGCACUUGCUAUUACUACGUUUUUAAUACAAUUGUUAUCAGCUUUUGGGGAACUUGAGGAAGAUGUUCUUGAAGGUUCAUGGAAUUACUUGCUUUCGUUUUCCCUGUGGUGGUUAUGGCACAGUCGAUUCUACAUUUACUCCUCUGUUGCUGUUAUCAUUGGUGUUUGGAUAGGUAGUCGUUUAAUUUUUAGCAAAAAUAAGAGACUGGAAGAUGAUUUCAAGCAGAAUGGUGUGGCACUGCCAGGUCUCGGGGAUGAGAAGGAAAACAGCCAGUUGGUACUCCAGCCACAAGAAGUGCAUGUGGCAGGUGUAAAGAUUUUCUACGGUUCACAGACUGGCACAGCAAAGGCCUUUGCUCAAGCUCUUGCUAUUGAUGUUGCAUCCCUUGAUGUCCCCGUAGAAACCAUUGAUCUGAAAAGCUAUGAUCCAGAUGACAAUUUAGUAGAGGAGACUAACAGCAAAAAUAUCUGCGUGUUUUUGCUUGCCACAUAUACAGAUGGGCAGCCUACAGAGAGUGCUCAGUGGUUUUGCAAGUGGCUAGAAGAAACCUCAUCUGAUUUCCGCUAUGGCAAAUCUUAUCUCAAAGGCUUGAGAUAUGCUGUAUUUGGACUGGGCAAUUCUGUUUAUGUCAGCCAUUACAAUACAGUCAGCAAAAAUGUGGACAAAUGGUUUUGGAUGUUGAGUGGCAGUCGCAUUAUGACACGGGCAGAGGGCGAUGCCAAUGUUGUGAACAGCAAACAUGGCAGCAUUGAGGCUGACUUUCAGGCUUGGAAAAAGGCAUUCUUAAGUCGGCUGCAGCCACUUAUUAAGGGUGAGAAAAAGACCUGCAGUGGAAAGUGCAAAAAAGGCAAAUGCAAAUCGAAAAAGAAGCCAAAGGAGGAAAUGGUGUCAAGCCAAGAAUUGCAGGAAGAGAGUCCUCAGCAAAGCUCAGAGGAAGGUGAGCUGUUUGAAACAACCAGUGAGGAGGAAUCUGGUGAUGAAGAAGGAAAAGAAGGUGGAUCUGUUAUUGAUGUUGAAGAUCUUGGAAAUGUUAUGAACCAUAUGAAGAAAGCAAAGAAAGACAGAGAGGCAGAAGAGGAAUUGAUGAAAAACAAAUUACCUAAACUAAGUGUUGGGAAAAAUGAAGACAGUCAACCCAGAGAAAUGAUCACUUCUGCCCUCCGAAAUGCUCUCGCAAAACAAGGUUACAGAUUGAUUGGAAGUCACUCUGGUGUAAAGCUUUGCAGAUGGACCAAGUCAAUGCUUCGAGGUAGAGGUGGCUGCUACAAACACACAUUUUAUGGCAUUGAAAGUCACCGCUGCAUGGAGACUACUCCAAGCCUGGCAUGUGCAAACAAAUGUGUUUUCUGCUGGAGACACCACACAAACCCUGUUGGGACAGAGUGGCGUUGGAAAAUGGAUCCACCAGAGAUGAUUCUGAAGGAAGCUAUAGAGAAUCAUCAGAACAUGAUUAAACAGUUCCGAGGAGUCCCUGGAGUGAAACCAGAUCGUUAUGAGGAGGGAAUGAUUGUAAAACAUUGUGCAUUGUCUCUUGUUGGAGAGCCAAUUAUGUAUCCAGAAAUCAACAGUUUCCUAAAACUGCUGCACAGUAAUAAAAUCUCUAGUUUCCUGGUUACAAAUGCACAAUUCCCAGAAGAGAUGAGAAAACUUGAACCAGUAACACAACUGUAUGUCAGUGUUGAUGCCAGCACCAAAGAUAGUCUGAAAAAAAUUGAUCGUCCUCUCUUCAAGGAUUUCUGGCCAAGGUUUAUGGACAGUUUGAAAGCUUUGGCAGACAAGAAACAACGUACAGUUUACCGUCUGACGCUGGUAAAGGCUUGGAAUGUGGAUGAAAUUAAAGCCUAUGCAGAACUUGCUGCCCUGGGAAAACCAGACUUCAUUGAAGUUAAGGGAGUGACCUACUGCGGAGAAAGUACGGCUAGUAACCUGACCAUGGCUAAUGUCCCCUGGCAUGAAGAAGUAGUGUAUUUUGUCCAGCAGCUUGGAGAACAACUGCCAGACUACGAGAUUGCUUGUGAGCAUGAACAUUCAAACUGCCUUCUAUUAGCUCACAAAAAGUUCAAAAUCAAUGGUGAAUGGUGGACUUGGAUUGAUUACGAUCGUUUCCAGGAGCUCAUUAAUGAAUAUGAACAAAGUGGUGGCACCAAGGCCUUCACAGCAGCAGACUACAUGGUGAAGACUCCACAGUGGGCUGUGUUUGGGGCUACAGAAAGAGGAUUUGAUCCUGUGGAUACUCGGUUUCAAAGAAAAAACAAAACAAAGGACAUAUCUGGGUGCUGAUCGCAGUAGUAAAUUUGGUUUUGGUAAAAACUGACAAGCACAUAGAUGUUUUCAAGAACUGCAAAUUUUAUAUUACUGUUCCAUUUACUACUGCUUGUGUGCUGUGAAAUUAUACCAGAUUUCCAGGAUCAUUGUAAUUUAUUUUUCCUUGUGUAAUGCUUUUGAGAGUUGGAAUAUGAGGGACCUUCUAGCUGAAAUUAUGCACUCCACUCCAGAAGUGACUAUGAUCCCAUCAAAUUAAUUUAUCAUUAUAUGCCAGUGUAAUUGGAUAUCUGUUGAUAUGUUGUAAUGGCAAGGAAGUUAAGACUAGAAUGCUGCUGCUUUUUCAGAAAAAAUGUAAUGAAUUUCCAUAAAAUUACAUCGUUGUUCCUCCAUACAUAUUUUUUUAGAAAAAAAUUAUCUGUAAUCUAAUAUUGUGACUUGAAUGGAACAAACUAGUUUACAAGAAAUUCUUAAACCCUGCCCAGCAAUGUUAGUAAAGUUCACUCUACAGUGACACUGUUUAAGUUGCUCUGGCAGUAUGGGGGAGGUGCAGGUUGAGGUGCAACCCACUUUUUCAUUUUCAGUAUUUCCUACAAGAUCAUAAGGCCAUGCUCACUUGCAUAAGUAUGUAUACAGCCCAUUGUCUUUUGUCAAGCCAUAUCCUUCUUGCUGUGUCUACAGAUUAUUCUUUUCGAAUGGGGUGAAAUUGAGAAGGGACAGCCAGAUAGUCUUGGAACUCACUUGGGAAGUAUAUGCAUUAAUGUAGAGAUCAAAAGGGGCAACUUGGGAGAGGGGAGUCAGAUGACUUUGGCAGUCAUCAGUAGCCAGCCUAGA